AUGCCACUCAUACUUUUCGUCGGAUAUCCGUCGUCUGGAAAGACGCGAUUCGCGCGGAAACUUUGCGAACAGCUCAAACAAAAGAUAUCCAGUCUCAAUCUUACAGAACCAGGAGCAGGUAUGAAGGUUAUUCUUCACAAUGACGAAACUUUAAGAAUUAACCACCAAAUGUACAAAGAAUCUACUUCGGAGAAAGCUGCAAGGGGAGAACAGAUGUCUGCAGUGAAAAGGGAUCUUUCUAAGAAUAACAUAGUGAUACUCGAUGGCUUGAAUUACAUUAAAGGAUUCAGAUACCAACUAUUCUGUGAGACCAAAAAUUUAAGUACCACCUAUUGCGUGAUCCAGGUAAUAGCUCCCAACAGCGUCUGCUUUCAAUGGAAUCAAGAUAGACCAGAAACAGAUCGUUGGGAUUCCUCGCUUGUCAAAGAGUUGAUUAUGCGUUUUGAAGAACCUGAUGGACGUAAUCGUUGGGAUUCCCCUCUAAUACCUAUUAGUUACGAUGAUGAAGAGGUACCAUUUGAUGAUGUGUGGACCAGUGUCAUACUUAAAAAACCUCCCAAACCCAACCAGUCGACAUUUUUAAAACCUGCUGCCGCCUCAGACUACCUUCAAGAGUUGGACAGACUCACUUCUAAAGUCGUGGAUAGCGUUAUUCAAUACCAAAACUUGAAUCAGAUAGGAGGGAAAGUCCUCAUCAAGGCUAAAAAUGAGAGGACAGAUGCACAAUCAAUCUACAUAAAUAUGCCGGCUGUAAAUGUCUCUAUUGCUCAACUACAGAGACUAAGAAGAACCUAUGUUUCUAUGAAUAGAAUGAGAUCGAUCGAUAACCAAAGCAUCAUACCACUCUUCGUUCAGUUUAUAGAUCAUGCUCUCAAUACAGACUAA